AUGUCAGCAACAGCUUCAGUGAGAGAGUCUACCUCCUUCCUGUCUUUUCUACAAACAUUUCAUGUGGCUUUGUAUGAUGAUAGGAGAGUGCUUCUACCUCCCCUUGGCCUAGUUCCAGGUCUUUCACGUUUCAAGCUGGGGGCCAUGUUGAUCUUGGGGAUGAUUUUUCUCCCAAGCAUAUACAGUGACAUGUCAUCAGUACAAUACCCUUCUUAUGAAAUAGUCAUCCCAAAGAGUCUGACGGUCAGGGAAAAUGAAGACCCAGUGGAAAAGGCAUCCUAUAUGUUGUUUCUGCAUGGCCAGAAGCACUUGGUUCACCUGCAGUUGAAGAGAGACUAUUUUGUGAGUCACUUUCCAGUCUACAUUUACCACAGUGGCAUCCUUGGGCAAGAUGUUCCCUUGAUCUCACGUGACUGUCACUAUGAAGGCUACAUAGAAGGAGUGCCAGGCUCGUUUGUGUCUGUCAACACCUGUGCAGGCCUCAGGGGCAUCCUGAGUAAGGAGGGAACCUCCUAUGGCAUCGAGCCCAUGGACUCCUCCAAACAGUCUGUCGAAUCCUUCCAUCAGGAAGAUGUCCUCCUAUCAGCAGCGCUCAUGGUCCAUGAGCUCGGGCACAACCUGGGGAUUCAGCACGACCACUCGGCCUGCUUCUGUAAAGAUAAGCCCUUUUGCCUCAUGCACGAAAAUUUCACUAAAGAGAGCAGAUUCAGCAACUGCAGCUCUCACUACUUCCACCGGUUCCUUCAGGAACACAAGGGGGCCUGCCUGUUUAACAAGCCAUGGCACAAAGGCCGCAAGCGAAGGGAUUCCCGCUGCGGAAACGGUGUGGUGGAGGACACAGAGCAGUGCGACUGUGGUUCUGCCUGUCACCUUGAUCCAUGCUGUUUACGAACAUGUAAUCUGACAAAGAAUGCAACGUGUAAUCAAGGUCUCUGCUGCUUUAACUGUUUGUUCAGAAGGAAGGGGUUUGUAUGUCGUCCCCCUCAGGAUGAGUGUGACCUCCCAGAGUAUUGUAAUGGUAGUUUUGCAACAUGCCCCACAGACAGCUACAAGCAAGAUGGCACAGAAUGUCAAAAAAGGAACUAUUGCUUUGGGGGUCGCUGUAGGAGCAGGAAGAAUCAAUGUGCGGCUGUUUUUGGCUCAAAUGCAAGGGAUGCCCCAGAUAAGUGUUACACAUCUCUGAACAGAAAACCCAAUAGGUUUGGAAACUGUGGUUUUGUCACAUCUCGUCAAAUAGGUUAUAUUAAGUGUCAAAAAGGUGAUGUACGUUGUGGAAAACUCAUAUGUACAGAUGUUUCCAAUUUACCAGAAAUCAAACCCCAUCAUACUAUCACUCAGGUUUCUAUAGAUGAUAUAUUCUGCUGGAGCAUGGAUGCUUUUCACGUUACUGAUAUCCCUGAUGACGGAGAUGUGGUUACUGGCACUUCAUGUGCCCCAAGGAAAGUCUGCAUGAAUUAUUCCUGCACUGAUCACACUGUGUUUCAUUAUGACUGCGUACCAGAGCAAAUGUGUAAUGGGAAAGGAAUUUGCAACAAUUUGAAGCACUGCCACUGUGAUGCUGGCUUUGCCCCUCCUAACUGUACAAAACCAGGCUAUGGAGGUAGUGUGGACAGUGGUUUUGCUUACAAUGAAGUUAAAAAACUCGCAAUGCAUAUGGAACAUCAGAGUCCACCAGUGCCUCCAAUUCUUCUUUCAUUAAUAUUAUUGGCACUAAUUCUUUGUCUUAUCAUUAUUAUUCUGAAAAAUCCACGAGGGGCCCCAGCAGAGACUCUAGCAGAGGCCCCAGCUGAGGCGCUGGCAGAGACUCCAGUUGAUGCCAUGGCAGCAGCCCCACUGGAAAAACUGACAGAGUAA